GAGUGCCUUUGAUUUGACGGCCUGCGGUUCAGCGAGAGACGACUGUUGGACGUGUUUAUUUUUUAAAUAUAUAUUUUUUCUCUGUUAGACGUGUUUAUGCGCAUGAGUUUAGAUAAUCAACGUCGCCAUAUUGCCUACAAGCGUGAUCGUACUGUCUUUGGUAGAAAGCACAAACACCUCCACCCAAUCAGUCUGCAAUACUGCACAACAUCCUUCGUUACUAUGACAACUAGCUGUUAGCAAGUUACUGGUGGCUGAACACGCAUUCGAUUUGGUAACUUCUAACUUGAAGUUUGGACAGUCAAUACUCCAAAAUGAAUGUGAAAACAAACCUGAAUUGAGCAUUAUGGCCUGCAGUGUGAUCAAAGGCUUUAUUCAUACUUGAAGUUGGAUGCCUACAGGGACUUUGAAAAACUGAUGUGACGAGGUGAUAUAGACCUAACAACUGAAGAACAUCAUUCAGAGGAAGCGUUUAGUCACAUCAUGCUCCACCCCAUUUUUGCAAUUCUGAUUUUGCAUUAGAUGCAUGCACGGAAAUAAUUUUUGUAACAAAAGUGUACAGGUGUUGCAUGAGUGUGUUAGUAUAGUGUGUGAGUAUCCACAUGCGUUCAUUUGAAGCAGGGAACUGUUACAAUAUGACAGGAGUCCGGUCUACACAGACUCUAUAACUUUUCACAAAAGUUUUAGUUUUGAUUGACUAUCAACAUUGUCUGAAAAUUCCUCUGGCACUUUGAGGGAAGGAUGGGGACAGUCUCUGAAGAUGUUAGGAGGCUUUUGAAUGACUGUGAGCUGUUUGUAUCAGAUAUCCUACAAGAUGAGAACCUCAGUAAACAUGCCAGGGAAACACGGGACGUCUUACUUAAUAACUUCAGGGUGAUCUACUCCAGAAAUCCUCAGGCGUUUUCCUUCAGAUCUGAGUCCAGACAGGAGGACAGUUCAGAUGACAACCAGAGCUCCAGUCAGGGCCGCUCGGCCCCCUCAGACGACCUGUCAGUGGCCUCUGACUACCAGGAUGAGGGCUCUCCUGACUACUUUGAGGAGAUCCAAAUGGUGGCAGCCCAGGAUCUCAGCAACAUCUUGAAACAAGGCUACCUGGAGAAGAAACGACAAGACCACAGCUUCUUCAGCUUAGAAUGGCAAAAGCGAUGGUGUGUCCUCAAAAACACAAUAUUCUACUACUUUGGGAGUGACAAAGACAAGCAGCAGAAGGGCUCCUUCUAUAUCAAGGGUUACAGUGCAGAGAUGGUGGCCAACCUACGUAAAGACUCCAAGAAAAAUGGCUGCUUUGAGCUGAGUGCCCCUGGCCGACACUCCUUCCAGUUCACUGCUAGCAGUCUGCGAGAAGCCAGGGAAUGGGUGGACCAGAUCAACUUUGUCCUGAAAGAUUUGAGUUCCAGCUUUAUCCCCUUUGAGGAUGAGACCUAUGAUGACAUUGAGGGGGUGGCCAGGCAUCCCCCUUGGCCCGCCCCCUUCCCAGUCCUGCCCCAGCAGGUCAAAGCCUCUCUCAGUAGCCAGGAGGAAGGGAGGUCCAGCCAGGGGGGGGAAGAGGAAGAGGAUGAUAUCUACGAGGUGCUCCCAGAGGAUGACAUUCCAGGAUCCACUGAGGAGAUCAGUGAGAAGAGCAUGAAACCAGGGUGGUCCAUAGACUAUGCCAAUUACUACCAGGGCUUGUGGGACUGUGAGGCAGACGAGCCUGACGAGCUGGCCUUCCAAAGAGGUGACCUCAUCUACAUCGUCAGUAAGGAGUAUAACAUCAAUGGCUGGUGGGUCGGAGAGCUAAACGGUACCGUCGGUAUUGUCCCUAAAGACUUCGUCCACCCUGCCUACAUCCUCUGAGCUCCCAAGAGUUGAGUGAUGUGACUGACUACAUUCCCAAUACCCAUCAACACUUCGAGAUUCCCAAAACACUUCGAGAUUGAUGACAGAUUGACCUUUUUUAUUAUUUCGUAAUAUAGUGUAACGCUGUUAGUCAUUUUUGCUGUAUGUUUUUGUAAAGAUAUGCUUCAUUUCCCUGCAUAAAUUACAUUACCAUGGUUCUUCUGAGGCGUUUGGUGUACACGUCAAAUUAUGGAUAAUUCUGAUGUCACAAAAAGGUUUCCUCUGUUCAAUUGUUUCCAAUGUAUUUGUGCCCAUGUGUGUGAAUGGAAAUUGCUAGAGAUUGAGGAAACAUUAUGCCCCUGUGACAAAAACAGGAAAUCCUCACCUCUGGUGAACUGGGGGGGGGGCUGUCUAUUCCAUAUUUUGAAGCCUACUAACUGGUGCCUUCAACAGCCUUGUGUCUGAGGCUACAUUGCUUGUUAUUUUGAUGCUGACUUCAAAUAUGUAGACCACAAGGGGUCAGGCAUGCUCCCUUGUGCGAUUCAUUCUUUUUCAAUGAAGAGUUUGAAAUUGGAAUACCUGAACAUUUGCAAUAAGAAAACGUUUUUUAUUAGAUAUUUAUAUUCCACAAUAAAAUGUACAUAAGAACUUG